AUGCAAUUCCAAAGCACCUUAGCAUACCUUAAGAACCCUCCCGAGGGAUAUCAGCAGCCGGCAUUUGACCUUAUGAAGGGGUUGGACGAUCUCAAACUAAAUGUCACUUCUAGGGUCUACAAAAAUCAAUACGAUUUCGAGGCUGACCUUCAACACCUUGUCUAUUCGAUGCACGAUGCCCAUGUCGACCUAUCUUCUGGUAUCCUCUCAGCAUUCUCCUUCUCGAGUCCCCUUUCUCUUGUCACAGCAUCAAUAGAUGGCAAGGAAGUUCCCAAGGUUUACUUCGAGGCCGAUGUCCUCGAAUAUCGAGGUAAUGGUACCCAGAUCUCGGCAAUUUCUCAUAUCAACGGCGAGCCAUCAGUCGAGUUCUUGAUCCGUUUCGCAGCUCUUAACUCGGUCGGUAUGCUAGAGCCCCAUGCAGACUGGAAUCAAAUCAUGGGUGGUCCUGUGCAAGAUGUUCAGGGGGCAUUCAACAUCUUCGCCGGAAGUGCGACGUUUUACCCGGGAGACUCUCUGAAUUUCACCUAUGAAGACCCAAGCCUCGGUGCUGUGGAAACUUUUUGGCUCGCCAUCUAUAACAACCCCGAGUUCACUGGGCCCUUGGCGACGGGUGGCGACUUUUAUAACUAUUUUGUACUUGGCAACCUGCCUGCGUCUUAUUAUGAAGUGCCAGUGCCGCCGGCGUUUGCGGGUCAUGCGAUUGCAGACGAUGAAGUCAUCAACGGCACCACAGAUGAUGAUGGAGAAAAUCGCAGCUUUUACGAAGCAAGUCUGCAUGCCUUCCCGAGUAAUCCCGAUGUAGCGCAAGCGGAUUUGGACGCUGCCAGCGGGGGCGGCGUCGUGACGGGCUACUUUUACGACGACAUCUCAACCGGCGUGCUUAGCAUCCCACACUUCGACCAGUACGGAUGGGACAUUGGUUACUUCAGCGACGCCGUAAGCCAGUUCAUCUCCGGUGCACAGAAUAAAAGCCUCUCCCACAUCGUUAUCGACCUAUCGCAGAACUAUGGUGGCUCUAGCGGCAUUGCAUUUCUCCUUCUGCGGCAAUUGUUCCCGGGUAUCGAACCUUUCGCCGGAAGUCGACGGCGCAGCCAUGAGCUGGGGAACGUUCUAGGCUCGGCGUCGACGAGAGCAUGGCAGGAUUUGCCGACAGAUACCGAUGAGGAGUACGCCGAGAAGUUGAGCCAUGUGGCGGACGAAUGGGUUAUCACCACACGACUGAACGCCGAGACGGGUAGGAACUAUAGUUCGUGGGAGGAGUACCAGGGGCCAUUGACGUACAACAACGACAAUUUCACUCGAGUGCUCACAGAUGGUGCUUGUUCUUCGGCCUGCGCCCUCUUUGUCGAGCUGGCCACAACCGAAGCCAAAGCCCGCACCGUAGUUAUGGGCGGUGAACCAAAGCCUGGCCCCAUGCAAGCGGCAGGCGGAACCCGUGGUGCACUACUUUAUUCAAGCGACCUGUUGGACGCGGACUUUGAUGGAGCUCGUGAGAAAAACGAGACCGCUGCGACUCGUCUGCCCCUCUUCCACGAUAGUGGCAUCUUUGUCAACUAUGCAGGGUUCAACCUGCGGGAUCAAGUUCGCAAAGACGAUGUCACAACACCACUACAGUUUCGCUACGCAGCUGCAGACUGCCGGCUCUACUACACCCUCGAUAAUGUCUACAAUAUGACGACUCUCUGGAGGGACGUUGCCCGUGCUGCCUUCGAAGACGAGAGUCUCUGCGUUGAGGGGUCGACAGGAUACACGUCUCGCAACGGCACGACACCAAAACCACCACCCAAGCCUACUGCCAUCCCAGCCCCAGCCCCAGAGCUAGCGACGACAUAUACUGUCGACACCGAUCCGAACACUCAAAACGGACUGUCCGCGGCACAGACCCCGCUCGGCAGACAGUUUGUGCAGGCUCUGUGCAAUCCCAAGGUUGAGAACCCUUGUCCAGGCGGUGGUGUGUGUCAGGAAUUUCGACUCAGGUGCUCCAACGGCGAGCUUGGGAGCGCGGUGCAUGCUUGCAUGCCGCAGUGCCAGGUCGGAGAACUAAAAUGUGUUAGCUCCAGCCAAGUGUGCAAGAAGAACAGAAAUGCAGCAGAGACGAAAGCCAGCACGUUCGGUAUCACGCAGAAUGUUGCCGCUAAUAAUGCAUUUAAAGGUGGGCAGGUGACUUCUGGGGUCUGCUUGCCAAAGGUCGGGACACCGCAACUGGGAUGUGCAUUGCCUGGCCAAUCAUAG